AUGAACCUAAUAAGCGUUGAAGAAGUCGCAGGUAGACUACCAGUAUCUAAGGCUGAUGAAGUAAUAAAUCAACUUCUUGGCGAACAACUAGAAAUCUAUGAAUUAGAAAAGCAAUUAAAAAAUUUACAACUUCAAGAAAAUCAAACUG